GUGGGCACAGAUGAUUGAGACCUAACUUAGCGCGACAAGUAUCGGACAAUAGCCACUCGCACCUUUGUUCCAAUAUUUGGACCUCAAUUAUACUUGAAACAAAUGGCUGACAGUCUAAAUUACCUCCGAUCCAAACACGGUUGGGCACAGACAAAUCGUUUUGUGUUAAGAUGGUUUAAUUUAAACGAGGCGCCCAAAGCAGCGAGAGAAACGGGCAUGACGAUUCCUGCGUCAGGGAGGCCGCCUAUCUCAGCGAAGCCGAGGUGCUCACAAAGAGUGGCUUUGAAGACAAAAAGAAAGUCUCUUGCCAAGGGCGUUACCAAGGCAGGUACAGAGAAUAAGAAAGGAUUAGACGCAGUCUCGAACAGAGAGAUGCAAGAACACGCCGCGGUAACUGUGAAUUUAAUUUCAUCAAGGGCGGUAAACAGUGAUGAAGAAAUGGAAGAAAUCGGCGAGGACCCCGAGGGGGAAGAACGAGAAGCCGUCAGUGGAGAUGACCACCAAAACGAAGAUCAGGACCACAGCGAUGUUGAAACGUUUGAUUUCUUCACAGAAUCGUCCAGCGAGGUGUCAGAAGAGGCAGUUCUGUUACCGAAUAUUUUAAUCCCAUGUACAAAGUGUCAUGAUGUUAUUAACAUAUGUCGCUUGCCAUGUCACCGGAAUUUGCACUACGCGUUACAAACCCUCAAGUACGCACAAGAUCAGAGGCCAAAAAACAUCAGCGCUUUGGUCAGGCGAAGAAAACUGUUGAUAAAACAGCAGCAAGAUGCUGGUUCAAAAAGAAAACAAGAUCCCUUUGGUGACAAGCAUUUGCAUAAAUUAAACACGGCGUUUGAGUUCCUAAGAACAGAACUUCAAGGAACCACGGAUUUGCGAUAUCUUUGUGAGAGGGUCAUUGAAGAAAUAAAAGUAACAGGCGAGAGCUUCGAUUUGUCUUGCUCAAUUGCAGCUGGAGUUUGCGAAGAAGCAAAUAAAAGGUGGAAAAUCAUGGAGGAUGUACACAUGUAUCAAGAUAACUUUUUAAACAACAUAAAUAGCGCAUUUAUUGCAAUCUACGAGGGGUACAGUGGUAAAAACACUGCACUUGAGUGCAGUCGAAAACUUCACGUGUAUUUGAAAGAGGAGCUUGACUCUAUUAUAACAAAGACAUACAUGAGGCCGUCUAAAAAAGAGAUCUCCACAGCCUUUCGGUCUUCUUUUGCAAAAACCGAAAAGUUCCUUCUAAUGUCAGAAGAGGAGCGGUCGCAAAGUCGAUGGAGUGGUUGCUCAGCAGUCACAUGCGUUUUGUCUGAUGAAAUGUGUUUUGUCGCAAAUGCAGGGAAUGAGGGCGCCAUUUUGAUAAGAGAUAACGAUGUCGUUAAAGUACUCACGAACAAGCACGAUCUAUACAACAAGAAGGAACGCGAGCGUGUGAAGAAGUCAUGCGGGGUCAUAGUGAAGACGGAAAAGUGCGCGCUCAUAAACGGCGCCCUAGGUGUAACAAGAGGCAUUGGGAGCAUCGGCGAUAUGGCCUUAAAGAGGUGCAUUAUUAAUGAGCCUGACGUCAGGACUAUAUCUUUAGAUCCUACAGAUCAACUUCUAGUUUUAGCUUCUAGUGGAUUUUGGAAGAUGUUUUCCUACGAAGAAACUAUUCAUCUUGUCAACGGCUUCUUCGGACAAAUAAGAAGGGGGGCGAAACAAAAGAUUAUUGAAGGAGAAAUAGUUGAUAGAACUGUGUCUGAAAUACACCACGAACACCUGUCUAAUGCAGAGUACAGAACAGAGCUUUUUUUCAAGAUGGCCGGUGACAAUUGUAACGAUACAUCUUCGCCAUCUGUUUUCCCUUCGGACAACGUUGCAGGAGGAUUGGCGCACAGUAAAAGCGAAGACGACUUAAGCAACUUGAUAGCACAUUACCAAAUUAAACCUUGCGUUGAAGCAAACGGAUACAUGAGUUUUUUUAACUCUAAAGGUGAACCCAUUCAUACAAAUCACACCACGAACCCUCCACCUAUCGAUGACGUCACUUCCACAUAUACACGUCAUCACCGAUUUUCUCUACCGGAUAAUAAAAUGUUGAACUGGCUCAAAGGCGGCGAAGAAAAAGACUUGACAAGAACAGAAAAAGCGCGUCUUCUAGCAAAGAGUUUGGCGGAGAGGCUUGUUAAAAGCGCGCUGUACGCCGAGUCCAUGGAGAAUAUCACAGUCUUUGUUGUUCUUUUGCCUGGAUUUUCUAUGGUUAACUGGCAGAUGGUGACACCCGACAUCUUGGAAGCUUUAGAGGAGUUUGUAGCCGAUGAUGACCUUUUCGAAUGACGUAACGUGCCGAUGCAUGUCCAAGAAGUUGUGUGAAGACUUUGGUUGGACAUCCUCAAAAGACCUGAAGUUUAUUUUCCCGGUGCAAACGCGACCUCCGACAAGUUAACACAAUCGUUAAACUCUCUUGUUUACUGAUAUUUGAGUAUGGUCGGGUCAGCUCUCUACACUCGCUAUUGUUGCUUUAUUUGUCGCAUGAUCUUGCAGUUAGCUUAAACUUUUGUCUUAUCAAUCAUGGUGCAAUACGUUCAUGUAAGUUGCGCGAUUCACUACGGGAAGGCUUGGGAUGAGACUAAUACUUAGCCAGCGCUUCUCCUGCUUAACUAAUAUGAAAGGAACAAGACAGCUAAUUCAGUAAGCAACAUUCACUGCUCUCGUUUCUAACCAGGAUUUUGCAGUUUUUAUCAGUUUCACCCCAUGUAAGUGACAUAACUAGUAAAGUUAAGAACGAGAGGGCUAGUGAGAGAGCAAUGUAUAUAAGCCGCAUGAGGUUCAGUACUCUGCCAUAAACCAGUGGAAUUGUGAACGACUUGAAUAUUGAUGUCACCAGAAGGAAUUAAAUACUAACGCCUAUAAUGAGAUCCUUGUAGG